AUGCACGCCGGAUCUUUCUUCUCUUGAUUGUGAAAAUUGUCUGCGACAAAGCGCAACUGACUACCAGUCAUGCUGUGGUUAGAGGCAAGGAGGUGUUGUUAUGCGGCCAAGCUGCUUUUUGCGGUGGGAUUUGUAUACGUAUUCCAAAGCUUUUGAUAAUAUUACGGUGGCUUCUCCUCCUCCAAAACCUCCUGUGACUGUGCCACAACCUGCAGGUGAUCAGAACAACUCGACCGACAAUGAUAACAAAGGAAUCUCAGCUGGAGUUGUUGUGGCUAUUACCGUUCCCACUGUAAUGGCCGUCUUGAUACUGCUGGUUGUAGGAUUUAUUAUUUUCCGGAGGAGAAAACCAUACCAACGAGCUGAGAUUGAAUCUGAAAGUGAUAUUUCAAGUACAGAUUCAUUGGUAUACGAUUUUAAGACAAUUGAAGCUGCAACUAACAAGUUUUCAAUGAGUAAUAAGCUUGGUGAAGGUGGAUUUGGUGCGGUUUACAAGGGUAAGCUUUCUAACGGAACUGAAGUAGCUGUGAAGAGACUGUCGAAAAAGUCAGGACAAGGCACAAGAGAGUUUAGGAACGAGGCUGUUCUUGUGUCAAAACUUCAACAUAGGAAUCUGGUUAGGCUUCUUGGUUUCUGUUUGGAAGGAGAGGAGAAGAUUUUGAUCUAUGAGUUUGUCCCCAACAAGAGCCUUGACUUUUUCCUAUUUGACCCUGUAAAGCAAAGUCAGCUAGACUGGACCCUACGAUACAAGAUCAUUGGAGGGAUUGCUCGAGGGGUUCUGUAUCUUCAUCAAGAUUCACGUCUCACAAUCAUACACCGUGACCUCAAAGCAAGUAACAUUCUCUUAGAUGCAAAUAUGAACCCAAAAAUUUCAGAUUUUGGAUUGGCAACUAUUUUUCGAAUGGAGCAAACCCAAGAGAACACAAGCCGAAUAGUUGGGACCUAUGGUUACAUGUCUCCCGAGUAUGCAAUGCAUGGUCAAUACUCAAUGAAAUCUGAUAUCUAUAGCUUCGGAGUGUUAGUUCUUGAGAUUAUAAGUGGAAAGAAGAAUAGCAGCUUCUACCAAACAGACGAAGCACAUGACUUGGUCUCAUAUGCUUGGAGGCUUUGGAGUAACGGGACACCAUCAGAACUCGUGGAUCCAGCUAUUGCUGAUAGUUUUCAAAGAAAUGAAGUUGUUCGAUGCGUCCAUAUCGGUCUUUUAUGUGUUCAAGAAGAUCCUUCUGAGCGUCCGACAUUGUCAUCCAUUGUUAUGAUGCUCACUAGUAACACUAUGACUUUGCCCGUCCCACGACAACCAGGUCUUUCUUUCCAGAGUAGAAUUGGAAAAGACCCGCUUGAUACGGACCAAUUUUCAACGACCAGGUCUCUUAUAGGGUCUGUUGACGAUGCAUCGAUCACAGAUUUGUAUCCUCGUUGAGUAUGAAUGAUUACCUUCUUGCCUG